AGACUCCAGUGAACAGAAUCAACUCUAUUUAACCCUGUCAUUUGGCUCGGAGACACAUUAACUGUGCAGCACUUGUCGUCCGUCUCCACUCGCAGCAGUCAUGAAUAUGAUCUGGCUUUGCCUCACAUCUGUCUUGUCCUUUACUUCACUCAUCUCUGGUCAAAGUGUUGACACCAGCAACAUCCGAGUUUUCCCAGCAAUGAACCAAAGUAUUGCUGGAGUUUUCCAGGUCAGCUCCUUAAAUCUCCUCAACCAGCCUGAGUACGCCUUCAACGCCUCUGAAGCUCGGAGCCUCUGCUUGUCCCUCGGAGUGCACAUCGCCUCCAAAGCCCAAGUGAACAGCGCGCUCGACAGAGGAUUAGAAACGUGCAGGUUUGGAUGGAUUGAUGAACAUUUUGCAGUCGUUCCCCGCAUCAAGCCACUUUCUACCUGUGGACGAGGCCAGACAGGUUUGGUGCCAUGGCGAGCCUCUGUGAAAACACAAUUUGAUGUGUUCUGCUUCAAUGAAUCAGACGCAGUAACACAAUUGAAGGAUGCAACAACUACCAGCCCUCUGAGCAGCAGCGAUCACUCAGAGCAAACACACUCCACCCAGACGACACAGUCUGCGUCUUCCUCCUCCUCGCCUCGCUCCUCUUCCUCCUCAGCUCCUCAAACCAGAGACCAUGAGGGAGAACCAGCCCGAUACAUCGGCAGUGCAAUUCGCUCUGCAGGAGGAAAGGUUGUUCUCAUCACCUCAACCUGCGGCCUUCUUCUUACUGCAAUAAUCCUCAUUGUCUACCUGAAGUCGAGAAGGGUUGAGUCUCAGAGCUCUGACAUGAAGCAGCAGCAGGAGUCCAUCGAGACAGAAGACUGGACGUGUGUGAAGAGUGUGGAGCAAACCGAGGAGGACGCUCAGGACGAGGAGAAGAUACAAGUGGAGGACGAGGACAAAGACGUGUCUCUUAAUUUGUCUGAUAGUGAUGCAACAGAAUGACCCUAAAGUGCAUUUUAUUUUUGCACAAGUUGCACUGGAUGUGUUUGUAAAUUGUUAUCGUCUGAUGUCAUGAACUGGUGCUGCCCAGCCACUAGAUGGCGAUGUUUGCCAUCCAAUCAUUUUAAAGAAUGAUGAUUUUACUAUUUUAACACUGUGUUUGCUGCUGUAGACCGUGAGGAUCCAUGUAAAUAAACUUUUGUAAGCACUUUUUUAACAGCUUAGUUAUCACUGAGACCUCUUUCUAUUUAAGGCAGAGACGGAGGAAGUGUCCCAGACAUCAUCCAUCUCUCUGACCUGUCUGAACUAACAGUGUGGAAAGCUCUCAACAAGUGUUCUUAUGGACAAUGUGCAGUGUAUACAGCACCUGAAAGUUGUCAUGUUUCCAACAGUUUAUUUCACACACCCCGAUCAUGAAAUGGAGUGUAAAGUACAAGUGUUUAUACAUAGUGGGUUUUGUGUAAUGACAAGUAUGUGAAACUAUAGUACACACGUGCAGCUCUGUACAGUUUGUCUAAACCCUUGAGACCCAACCAUAACCUUUUUUUUUCAACAUGGAACCAGCUUAACAUUGUACUUUAACUGACUGGAUAUGUUUUUUUUAUUAUUAUUUAACCAUCGCAGUCACUAAAUGGCACUUUUCAAAAUAAAGCUAAAUGGAGGUAAGUUUGAGCUCAGCAUGCGUAGACUAAUGUGAUGUCUGUUUUAGUCACUUUGGGAAUUUACGACUUCAGACUUCACCGCUUCCACUAUGAAGCUAAGCUCAUUACACAGUGUCUCGUGUCUGUAGGCCAUGCGGAUCUGUGCCACAUUGGUCCGCCGGAUAUCGUUCCCUUCGGGUCCGUCUUUCAGGUAGUUCACGCCCAAGAAGUGCUUCUUCUCCUGUGAAUAAACAACAAAUAAAAAAAUAGUUUGGAGACGAA